CAACCGCAUCGCAUGCACGUCUAUGCGACAAAGCACAACACCCACAUCACCUUCACCCAACCUCCGAAAAAGGAUCCCGCGAACCCCGGCAAGCAAGUCGAUGUCCUCAUGUCUCUCUCUGCUGGAAAUAUCGGUUUCAAAAAGGCUGGCCGCGGAAGUUACGAUGCUGCAUACCAACUCGCUGCUUUCGUCCUCAAGCAAAUUCAAGAACGUGGUCUCAUGCGCGACCUGCAAAGUCUAGAGGUUGUCAUGCGUGGCUUUGGAAAGGGAAGAGAAGCUGUCACAAAGGCUUUGCUGGGUUCUGAAGGCUACCUGGUCAGGAAUAAGAUCAGUUCCGUCAAGGAUGCUACCAGGCUCAAGUUUGGUGGUUCCAGAAGUCCCAAGCCCAGAAGAUUGGGUUGA